GUCACACUGGCGCACACUGUUAUCUUCGGGAGUUGAAGUGAAUCCACUUUCUUCGGUAAAUUCCAUUGUUUGUGUUUAAUUUGGCGCCACCCCCUCCAACCAUCGGAAUCCAGCGUUGACAUGGCAACGGGGCGGACGAGCGCCAGCAUUUAGCGCCCAGCCAGCGACGAGCAAUGACCGUUUGGGGCAUAGAGGCCAUCACACUGAACGGAUCAUCGGCAAGGGAAAGCGGGGAGCAGCACCUGGCUGAAAGGGACGUGGGCGAUCGUGAUCGUGAUCGUGUUCGUGGUCGGGUGAUUCCGGAAGCGGGAGCCAUGAACUCCAUAGAGCGCUACCGGCAGGAGUGGACACAGCUGCUGGAGAACCUCGAUGCCGAGCCGGAGGUACUCCGGCAGUCGGCGUUCGCCGGCGACCUGAAGAUGUCCAAAUUUCGCAGCGUUCACUGGGCUCUCCUGCUGCGCGUCCUCACCUCGGAGCACCGGAGUUGGAUUGGCCAGCGACUCCAGCAGCGGGUGCGUUACGACAAGUUCCGGGCGGACUACGUCCGGAAUCCCCACCAACUGGCCGUCGACUGCAACGAUGAUCCGCUGUCGCAGUCGACGCAGAGCGUGUGGAACCAGUACUUCAGCGACCAGGAGCUGUUCGCCGUCAUCCGGCAGGAUGUGGUGCGCACCUUUCCGGGCGUCGACUUCUUCCGCAAGCCCCUGGUGCAGAACGCCAUGGUCAACAUACUGUUCUACUACGCCCGGGAGCACCCGUACAUGUGCUAUCGCCAGGGCAUGCACGAGAUUCUGGCUCCCAUCAUCUUUGUCGUCUACAGCGAUCACCAGUCUCUGCUGCACUUCAGCGAGCUGGCCAAGACGGACAUCAAUCCCACGUUGCUGGACGUGCUGGACCCCGCCUAUCUAGAGGCGGAUACCUACUCUUUGUUCUCACGCCUGAUGGCCUCCGUGGAGUCGUACUAUCGCGUGUCGAAUCUGGUCUCCACUCCCGGUGGCCACAUCGAGCAGCGGGCCGAGACCCCCGGGGACAAUGAGUCGCCGACGGAGGCGGAGGUUAUCAGCCAGCUGAACUUCAUACGGGACAAAAUACUUGCCAAGCAGGACCAGCACUUGCACCACUAUCUCCAAAAGAUGGAAAUCCCGCUGCACAUAUUCGGCAUUCGCUGGCUGAGACUUCUGUUUGGACGGGAAUUCAUGCUGCUGGACCUGCUGCUGCUGUGGGAUGCAAUCUUCGCGGACAGCGAUCGCUUCGACCUGCCCAACUAUAUUCUGGUGGCCAUGUUGGUGCACAUCCGCGAUAAGCUGCUGCUCAGCGACUACACCACAUCGCUGACCUAUCUGAUGCGCUAUCCGGGCAACGUGGACGUCCAUCUGGUGCUGCGCCAUGCCCUCUUCAUGCUCAAUCCCAAGCAGUUCGACUAUCCCUCGAACGCCUUCACCUGUGUCUCCUUCGCGAACAGCGGCGCGGGCAAGGAAGUGCCUCCUCCUGCGGGUCAACGGCCGCGCACUGCAUCAGAAACCUCAGCCGGAGCCACCAGUGGCAGCCAGAUCGAUCGCCAAAUCACCUUUAUGCAGGAGCGCAAUGCGGCGAAUUCUUCGGCUCUGGCCAAACUACAGGAUUCCCAUCGCGUGGCCAUGGAUGGAUACUUGGAGAAUAGUCCCGAGCUACUCCGAUUGGAGCUGAAGAAUGCCCAAACGGUUAUAAAGAUUGCGCGCAGCAAGCUGCAGAAUUACCUGGGCACUGUGCGACAUCACGUGGGAAAGCAGGCGAAUGGGAACGAGGAGCUUAGCCGGACGCUGGACGGGAUUGAGGAGCUGUGCAGCUUCCUGGACGUCAAGUUCAUGUUCCCGCUGCACGCCCGCUCAGCGCCCAUCGACCAGGCACUGGAGGCCAACGAACAGAAGCAGCUGAACACGGCCAAUCCGGCGCCGAAAGCCACGCCCUCGUCCGCUCCCAAUUCCACGACUGCAACUGUGGGCUACCAGAUGCCCGAGAACGCCUUCAUGCACAGCUCCAUGCGACGCCUGCUGGGGGAGCUGCGCGAAAUCGAGCUGUCCACGAUCACGAGCGACGAGAAGCCGGGAGAAGCGGUGCUCCAAAACGGAUUGCCGGCUGCAGAGCCCCAGCAGCGGCAGCACAACGAAUUAAGCUGAUCGAAAGAUCCUCUCCUAUCGACUGAACUUGAAUUUAGACUUAAACAGAGCAACCACAAAGUGGCUGAAUCGGAAUGAUUGAAGAGUAUCAUUUAAAGACAUACGAUUAAAAUAUAUAUUUUCGACUUGGGCCAGUCUGUAAACCUAAAUAAAUCGAUCCAAU